CUAAUCAAUCAAUUUGAUUGCCGUCCAUAUUUUAAUUUUCUAUUCAACAAAUACUCGAUUCAUGAUGAUGAUGAUCGAAUAUCUCGUGAAGGAUUAAUUCAUUUUUUGAUUGAAGAACAACAUGAAUCGCCGGAUGAAUUGGAAUUGGAUGAAUUAAUGGAAAAAUUUGGUGAAAAAAUUCAAGAACAACAAUUUAUUACACGUCGUGGUUUUUAUUACCUGAUGGAAUCACCAAAAUGGUGUGAAUUAUUUGAUUAUGAUCAAAAAAAAGUUUGCCAAGAUAUGACACGUCCUAUGACCGAUUAUUUUAUUGCAUCAUCACAUAAUACAUAUCUAAGUGGUGAUCAAUUAUUAUCACCAAGUAGUUAUGAAAUGUAUAGACAAAUUUUAUUGACCGGUUGUCGUUGUAUAGAGAUUGAUCUAUGGGAUGAUGUUGGUGAAAAUGGACAGGGAACAACACGUCCUGUUAUCUAUCAUGGUUAUACAUUGACAAAGAAAAUUGAAUUACAAGGUGUUUUGGAAACGAUCAACAGUGUUGCAUUUGAAAAAUCUGAUUAUCCAUUGAUCAUAUCGAUUGAAAAUCGUUGUAAACAACAAGAAAAUCAUCGCCGUAUUGCCCAUUUAAUGCGAACAAUUUUCAAUGAUCGUCUAUAUCUUGAACCAGUUCCAGAUGAUUGUCGCCAGUUUCCAUCACCGGAACAAAUGCGUGGAAAAAUUUUCAUAAAAUGUUCAAAAAAUCGUUCAAUAAAUGAACAUUUUCUUUCCGGAACUGAUUUUGAUGCACGAUUACCAUUAGGAAUUAUGGAUAUCUAUGUCAUGUCAAAUGAUAAUCGCCGUAAUCAUAUGACACAGAUACAACAUCUAAAUUAUUCAAAACGUCAACGUCAUGAACCAAUGGUUAUCAUUAAAAAUGAUGUUGAAGAAGAUGAUGAAAGCUAUCUGCAUAGAUCAUAUAGAUUACCUAUUAUAAGAGUGAGGCAAACUAAAUUUAUGAAUCGAAGAGUCAUUUCAAAUAUCGAUAAUUUCAAUGCUUAUGAUGAUGAUGACGAUGAUGAUGAUGAUAAUGAUGACGAAGUAUGUGGUGCGGAAAGCAUUGCUUUGAAAAGAAGUUCGGAUCAUCAUUGGGAUGAAUCAUUUUCAUCAUGCAUUAAUUAUUUUGAAACCAGAAAAUUUUAUUCGAUAAAGAAAUGUCUUGAAGAAUUUAAAAUUAAUCAUAUGAUAUCACGUGAUGAACGUAAAUCAUUGGAAAUAAAUUUUAAUGAAUAUCGUCAAUUUACUAAAAAUCAUAUGGUACGUGUUUAUCCAAGUGGUUGGCGACAAAAUUCCAGUAAUUAUAAUCCAUUGGAUCAUUGGAAUUGUGGUGCACAGCUAGUUGCAUUGAAUUAUCAACGUUCAACAUUACCAAUGUUUAUGAAUAAUGCAUUAUUUUCAUUGAAUGGUCAAUGUGGUUAUGUAUUGAAACCGAACCAUCUUCGUCAUGAUUAUCCAAAUAAUCUAUCAAACUUACAUCGACCAUUAAUAAAAUUAAGUAUAAAAAUUUUAUGUGGUCAAUUUUGGAAUACAUUUCAUAAUAUGUUUGAAUGUCAAAAAGUACGACUAAAAAUUAUCACACGUGUUUAUUGUGGUGAUAAUCGUACAUAUCGUCAACCAACCGAUACGACUAGUAAUGGUUUCAAUCCAAUAUGGAAUGAAACAUUUGAAUUUCUAAUUGAUCAACCUGAAUUAACAUUCAUACAUUUUACAUUGACAAAUCAUGAUAAUUUUUUUGCUCAUUAUCUAAUAUCAUUCAAAGCAAUGCGUAAAGGAUAUCGUUUUGUUCCACUAUAUGAUAAAAAUUAUCGUUUAAUUAGAUUUACAAAACUAUUUUUACAUAUUGAUUAUUAAUUUAUAG